AUGGCCAUGUUUGGCCUUCUUGCUACGAUAUGCCUCGUUGCAUUUGCAACGGCAACUUCCCAAUCUGGGAACAACAAGUUACAAGCCUACUCAGUCCCUUCCGAAGUGAUUCUGGGCUCAUCCUUUGACGUCAGCCUACACGUCCAUGGUGGCAAACCAGAGAGCCUAGGAACCUAUCAGGUACCGCUCCACGAAAUCAAUACAACAACUGGGGCUGCAAUCACUCAUCUAUCUUCAAUGGCCUAUUUCGAUUUUUCUGGAACUGUGCAAGUAUCCAUUCGAUACAACACUACGCCGAUCAAAGGCGUUCGCAUUCGCCCCGAUUCUUAUGAUAUCACUCCCACCGUUCACAACGGCACGAUUACUUUUACCUUGACGCAACCACGAAGCAUUGUUGUUCAGGUUAACGACGACAUAUUUGACUGCCUUCAUCUUAUCGGAAAUCCGAUUGAGGCCGAUGUCCCGGCGCCGACUGACCCAGAUAUUAUUUACUUUGGGCCUGGUUAUCACACCGUGGAUGGUAGUGUUCUCAAUGUUUCAUCUGGUCAGACGGUAUAUCUUGCAGGCGGCGCAGCUCUUGCUGCCAGUAUCAACUUUUCCAACUCUUCAAACGCGUCUAUUCGUGGCCGAGGUGUCAUCUAUAAACCGAGCAGCGGGAUUUCAGUAGUGUCCGCGCAGAACAUUACCAUUGACGGUAUUACAUUUAUCAACACUAAAUUCAAUGUUGCCCAAGCAGAUGGCGUCACUAUCAAAGAUAUCAGAUCCUUCAGUGGAACGCAAUGGGGCGACGGUAUGGAUUUCUAUUGCUCCAAAAACGUGCUGGUUACAGGAGCCUUCAUGCGAAAUUCGGACGAUUGCGUCGCCAUCUAUAAUCACCGGGAUGACUUCUAUGGAGAUAGUGAGAAUAUCACCAUUGAGAACUCGUCUUUAUGGGCUGAUGUUGCGCAUCCCAUCAAUAUCGGGACUCACGGGAACACUGAUAACCCUGAGACCAUAUCAGACAUCGUCAUUCGGAAUAUCGACAUCCUAGAUCACCGUGAGAUGCAGGUACUCUAUCAAGGAUGCAUUGCUGUCAAUCCCGGUGAUGGAAACUUGGUACGCAAUCUCCUCAUCGAAGACGUUCGGGUUGAGGAUUUCCGGAUGGGCCAGUUGAUAAACAUGCGAGUCAUGUUCAACACGGAUUAUAAUACCUCUCCGGGGCGAGGGAUCUCAAAUGUCACAAUUCGCAACCUGAAUUACAAUGGAGUCAACGCUAACACUUCAAUUCUGGUUGGAUAUGAUGAUUCCAGGAGUAUUGAGGAUGUUACCUUCCAAAACCUCACAAUCAAUGGGAAGAUUAUUUCCGAUGCGAUGAAAAAGCCACGUUGGUAUUUGACUACGGAUUUCAUCCCAGCAUAUGCCAAUGAGCAUGUUAAGAACCUCAACUUCCUACAGUGA